AUGGCGUACGCGAUACAGAACCCGUCCAGCAGCAGCAUAGCGAACGUGUCGGUGCAGCAAGUUGUGGACUGCGGGGGCGUGACGGCAUCGUGCGCGGCGGGCGGGUGGCCGUCGCUUGCGUUGGACUAUAUGGCGGACGCGACGACCGACGAAGGCGGGGUGGUGGCGGACGAGGAUUAUGAGUACACGGGCGCGCAGGGCACGUGCGACAACAGCAAGGUGUCGGGCGACGCGUCGAGCAUCGGCGUGGUGGCGUUGGAGCAAGCGGACUUCCAGGGGUGGCUGGGGCUCGUGCUGGCCGUGCAGGCGCAACCCGUGGGCGUGUACGCGGACAAAGGGUGCGCGAGCGAGAUCGUGGAUCACGGCGUGCUGGUGGUGGGGUUCUCGCUGCGACCCCCGCAGCCGUACUUCAUCAUCCGCAACUCGUGGGGCACGCACUGGGGCAUGCAGGGCUACAUGCGCCUGGCCAUUGCGGGCGGCCCCGGCAUCUGCGGCAUCAACACAGUGCCGGCCAUCUACCCCGUUCUUAAAACAUCCAACCCGUGCAGUGGAUUCAUCGACCCGUGUGGGUCGGGGACGUGCAAUGCGGGCGUAAACGGGGCGUACACGUGCACGUGCCCGUCCUCCUUCGUGUCCGUGCCCGGCCUCAACAGCCUCCCCACAUGCGUCCCAAAGAAGCAGUGCUCGUUGGGACCGUUCAACCCGUGCGGCACGGGAACGUGCAUUCACGACAACGCAGGCAGCUACUUCUGCAUCUGCCCACCGCUCUUCACCACUGGCGAGAAGGCCAACGGCAGCCCCACCUGCGUGCCUGACGCGACCCCAUCGGGCGCGGUGUACUUGACGCCGCCCAAGAGCGUGGCGUGUGACCUGGUGUACGGCAUCAACGGGCUCACCAGGGCGCAGUUCCUCUCCCUCAACCCCUCCCUGCGCAACAACAUCAAUCCGGCGGUGUGUGACGACAUUCCUGCCAACACACAGGUGGAGGUCACUCGCCCCUAUGCAGGCGUCAUCAACUGCGCCCUCUUCUACUCCUGGGAGCCGUUGGACACGUGUGUGGGGGUGGGAGCACUGUUUGGCAUCACCCCUGUCACACUGGACAACCUCAACCCGGGCGUAGACUGUGCUCUCAACCACGCACAGCCCUCCCAGCAGGUGUGUGUGCGGUAUGGAAUACCAUCCACCACGCGAUGGUGCACACAGUGGCACACACUGCAGGACAAGGACUCGUGCACGCGCAUUGUCCUCAAGUACAAGAAGACUCUCUCUCUCUCCCUGCGCCGCCUCUACGAGCUCAACCCCGGGCUGCGCUGCAACCACCUCUUCCCACUCACCUCUCUGCUCCCCGGCGCCAGCAUGAAGGCCGCGGGGCAGCAGCUGUGCGUCGCAGGCACAGCACCACAAUCGUACACCGCAGCCACACCGGCGUCGCUCACCCCUGCGAGGAUAACCAGGGAGGAGGAGGAGGAGGAGGGGCGUGAGUCUUUCACACGCACUUCCACACCCGCACGCUCGUCGCUUGCAGCGCGGCUCGCUCAACUCUCCCGCAAGGCGGCACCGCGGCGGCAGCUGGCGACAGCGUGCAGGAAGGCAUACACGGUGGUGCGGGGGGACACGUGUGUACAUGUUGCAGCAUAG